CACUAUUAAAAUUUUGCUUUCGGUUUUGGUUCUGGUUCCUCAAUCAUCGCCAUCUUUACAGCGCGUUCUUGCUUCUACCCCUAAUCUACUUUCUGAAUCUUUCCGAAGGCGUCUAGGGUUUGCAUAAUUCUCACGCUCUGUUCGAGCAUCGCUUGUUUCCGGGGUGGUUCAGAGAAGAUAUGAGCUUUCAAGAUAUUGAAUCGGGUCGUCCCUUGAAUUCGAGGCGAGACCUCAUCAAUGGCAAGCAAGACGCCACGCAGGCCAUCGCCUCCGGGAUUUUUCAGAUCAACACCGCCGUCGCCACGUUUCAGAGGCUCGUCAAUACCCUCGGAACCCCCAAGGACACCCCCGAGCUCCGCGAGAAGCUGCACAAGACAAGGUUGCAUAUUGGACAGUUGGUGAAGGACACCUCUGCUAAACUCAAGCAAGCUAGUGAAACAGACCAUCAUGUUGAAGUUAGUGCUAACAAGAAGAUCACAGAUGCUAAACUUGCUAAAGAUUUCCAAGCAGUUUUGAAAGAGUUCCAGAAGGCUCAGCGUCUUGCAGCUGAAAGGGAGACAGCUUAUACCCCUUUUGUUCCCCAAGCAGUUCUGCCUUCAAGCUAUACAGCCAGUGAGAUUGAUGUAAGUUCUGACAAGACUCUAGAACAACGUGCUCUUCUUGUUGAAUCUAGAAGACAGGAGGUUUUGCUGUUAGACAAUGAGAUUACCUUUAACGAGGCUAUCAUUGAUGAAAGAGAGCAAGGGAUACAGGAAAUCCAGCAACAUAUCGGGGAGGUGAAUGAGAUUUUUAAAGACCUUGCAGUGCUGGUCCAUGAACAAGGAGCUAUGAUUGAUGAUAUUGGCUCCAACGUUGAGGGUGCUCAUGCUGCAACUGCACAGGGAAAAUCUCAACUUGUCAAAGCAGCAAAGACCCAAAGAUCAAACUCAUCUCUGGAAUGUUGAACUUGGAAGCUACUAGGGUGUGGUUCACCUGUGCUGAUGCACGGUUCCUUUUAGGUGGACUUGAAUUGUACCCAUUCUUGUUUGGUGUUCCAUAUUUUCAUAUUUUGACUUCAUAAGAAUUUACAAUGGGCUGUAAGGCAACAUUCAAUAUGAGUAUUGCUAUAGUGGGCCACCUUCACCAGUUAAUAUAAUAGACUUGUAGUCUGGUUUCCAUUUCAGUAGUCAACCAAAUGGGAGUUGAUUUUUAUUUCUAUUUUUUUUAGCAGUACCAUAGUGCGGUGUUUGUUAUCUGCAAGUUCUGAAUUGACUUAAAUCUUUGAGCAGCUGUAGUGAAAUUUUUGUUUUCAGCCGUGUUUGAUAAUAAACUCGAAGCAAACAUCCUUUAGCUUUAAUUACAGCUGUCCACAGACAUGUAUUUGUUUAUUUUUUGGGAUAUAUCAGACAUGUAUUUAUUUAAUAAUCUUAUCU